CGCAAAAUUCACGUGAUGGAAACAUUUCUUGUUCACUUUAUAUUUAUUUUUUUGUGUAGUGUGCUGCAGCAAUGCGAAUCGAGAUGGAUCGAGCGGGGAACCUUCAGAAGCUUCACAACAUUGCGAAAGUUGCACAUCGACAAUAAUUUUAUUAAAAUUCUGCCGGACGAUGUUUUCGCAGUCAAUAACUCGUUGGAAAUAUUAACGCUGAGGUACAAUGAGAUUUCGGAGCUGCAUCCACAAGUUUUUCAGCAACUCGGCAAAUUGCUCGAACUAGACUUGAGUAACAAUGAAUUAUCUUCGAUCGAUGCGGCCACGCUUCAAACUUUAUCGCGGCUGACAUACCUGAAUCUCCGUGGCAACAAAAUAAGUUUGCUAGGUGAAAAUAAUAUUCCGCAAUUUCCUUUCCUCUCGACGCUUAAUUUGGAAAACAACUUGUUGGAAUACAUUGUGCCGGGAACAUUCGCUCUAACUCCGCAAUUACAAAACUUAUAUUUAUCUCGAAAUAAAUUAAGGUAUUUAACGAACGGCACAUUCGAUGGUCUGUCUCGUCUUUUGGCUCUAACUCUUGUUGGUAAUCAAAUUGGAGGUAUGGACAGUAACGUAUUUAUAGGCACGGGAAAUCUGACUUCGCUGGACUUCAGAGGAAAUCGUUUCAACAAAUUCGAUAAAAAAGUUUUACGAUCUCUGCAGAAUCUGAAACACAUUUACUUCGAUAGUUUCGAGAUGUGUAUUUUUGCGCCGCACGUACGUGUCUGCGAGCCGAAAAGCGAUGGAAUUUCGAGUCAGGAACACCUAUUGGAUAAUUUGGUAUUAAGAACCAGCGUCUGGAUAAUGGCGAGCGUUGGUUGCGUUGGUAACGUGAUGGUUCUUUUGGGCCGAUUUAUCGGAGGACCGACCAACAACGUGGUGCAUUCGCUGUACAUUAAAAAUUUAGCUCUGUCCGAUCUGCUGAUGGGAAUUUACCUGUUUGCAAUUGCCUCGGUGGAUUACAGAUAUCGCGGGGAAUAUUUGCAGCAUCAAUGGAGAUGGAGGCACAGCACGCUGUGCAAUAUUUGCGGUUUUUUGAAUACGCUGUCUUGCGAAUCGUCCGUACUAAUACUGUCAUUAGUAACAUGGGAUAGGUUUGUGUCCGUGACGCAACCGCUGGCCAGAAAACAACCGUCGCCGAGGGCGGCCAGCUUUACGUUAAUCUUCCUUUGGACCUUAGCGGCGAUCGUAGCCACAAUUCCUUUGACGUCCGUCGGUGAAGAGUAUUUUGGAAACGACUUUUACGGUAGCAACGGAGUCUGUUUACCUCUUUACAUACACAAUCCGUUCGCCAAAGGCUGGUUGUAUUCGAUACUGCUAUUCAUAUGCGUGAACGCUCUGGCCUUGCUGUUUAUAUGUUAUGCGUACAGCAGGAUGAUUCGCGAAAUUCACAAAAGCACGAAAGCCUGCCGUUCGACUCAGCAAAGCCAGGACAGGGAUAAAGUCGCACAGCGUUUCGGCAUCAUCGUCCUCACAGAUUGCCUCUGCUGGGUGCCGGUGAUAAUUAUAAAAGUUGCAGCUUUAUCUGGAAUGCAACCAUCAGAGACAUAUCAUCGAUUCGUAUACGCCACGUUGGCUAUUUAUGUGAUGCCCAUCAAUUCAGCAUUAAAUCCCAUCCUGUACACGCUGACUACAACAUUGUUUAAAAAACAAAUCAAACGAUUUUUCGACUCGUGCCUACGCUCACGACGGCCCUGUCAUUCGGAUGGACUUCACAAUUCUGGAUGCGAUUCUGGAUACAGCCACAGCCUGAGUCUAUUUCCUAAACGGGAAAGCGCCCGUAAGAUUCUUACAUAUAGAGUAAGUUUAAUACAGGGAACGCAAACAAGUUUAACAACGACUAAAAAUAGCAGCUGCAAACGGCCAACGGCUGUAUGAUACGAACUCGACACUUGUCUCUAAUGAUGAGGAGUUUACAUUAAAGCAUAUUUUGCACAUUUUUUGUACAUGCAUACGUGUGUGUGUGUUCAACUGACGAAUAUCCAAUUAUUCGUAUAGUUAACGAGUAAUUUAGUGGUUCGUCUUCAGAAAUGUUAAUGAAAUGAGCACAGAAAAAUGAAUAUGCAACUAUUAUAACAUAUGCAACUAUAAUUUAUAAAUGCAC